AUGGAAUUAGCUUUGUCGCAUUCAUGGGUCGAGAUCGAGCAAGCUCUCGGCCAAAGGCCACAAUUUUCGGGUGCACUGGCUAUGAGGGAACAAUACAAAGCUCUCUCAAACCAGAUAAAUGCUUCUCACAAAAGGUCCCUUAAUCUCAAAAUUGAGGAUAUCGCAAUCACGGAAUAUCUUGCAGCUAGGGUUUAUACCCCUCCUACUAGUGAUGAACGCCCAUUGCCUGUUGGUAUUUACUUUCAUGGUGGUGGGUGGUGUUGUGGUGACGUGGAGACCGAAGACGGUAUCUGCCAAUUAUUAUCUGAACAUGUUCCUUGCAUUAUCGUCUCACUAGAAUAUCGACAGGCACCUGAGCAUAAAAGCCCAGUGCAGCUUCAGGAUGUGCUGGAGGGUUGGACCUGGGCAUGGAACAAUGCGUCUAUGUUGAAUGGUGACCAACCUAGAUAUUAUGCGGUUGGACAGAGCGCUGGAGGUCAUCUUGCACUUGCUUUGGCGAAUAAGCUUGUCGCACUGGGUCGAAAGGCUGACAUUCGCGAUGUGGCAGCUCUGGCUCCAAUCACUACUCAUCCUGCCCGGGUCCCUAGCAAAUAUGAGGACAAGUAUCGGUCCUUCACUGAUUGUGCAGACGCUCCGCUUAACACAGCAUUUGCUAUGAAUACAUUCUUCGACGCCGUUGGUGCAAGCCUUCAAGCGCUCUUAAUCGAGCUUCCAAAGGAUGGCGAAUGGAUCUUCAAGUAUGAGGUUGACGAUGAGAAUCAUGUCACAGCCCUCUUUUGUAUUCAUAAAACGAGCAUUGCCUUGCUAAAGACGAAUUCAUGGGUCAUUUCAAUGGACUAUACAUACAAAACUAACCGGUAUGGCCUUCCAAUGCUCGAUAUUGUCGGCUUCACUGCUACGGGCUCAACCUUUUACGUCGGCUUCGCCUUCGUAAGAGACGAGAAGGAUGAUAACUAUGAAGUUAUUUUGAAUUGUCUAGCUAAGGCAUACGAAGCUCUUGGCCUUGAGCCACCCCGGACGAUCCUCACUGACAAAGAGCAAGCGCUAAUGAAUGCUAUUAAGGUGGUCUUUCCUUCUACAAAGCAUAUGAUCUGUCUAUGGCAUAUCAACAUGAAUAUCUUGAAGAAAGCGCGUCCGCUACUCGCUGAGCAGCUCGCAAAAGCUCGGCAAGAGACUGAAGCUUUAGCAAAUGCUUCCUCGGCUUCCUCAGCUUCCUCGCAGCGUCGGACGAAGGCAGAGAGAGACCGAGAGCUUCGAGAAAUAGUCGAUAAAGCGUGGAAGAUGAUGCUAAAGCGCGAAUGGCUAGAUGACUGCCCAGAGUGCUUCCUCCAUGAAUACACCGCCGAAUACCUUCAUCUCAAUGAAAUCUCGACAUCCCGGACCGAGGGAGCUCACUGGCUGCUUAAGCAGGACCUUCAAGUCUCAACCAACGAUCUACUAGUUGUUCUCCGCACCUUUGAGAAUGCCGUGAAGCUUCAAUUCAAUAAGAUCACCGCUAAAAUCGAGAAUGAGAAGGACGUCUACAACCGCUACCUACCAGAAGCAGAGGAUAAGCCGCCGGUCCUUCCAAUUUGCCGCUUGUAUUUGCGCCUCCUAUUAACCCGCUACUCCUACUCCAGGAUCCUCUCCAAGUGCGCCGGCGAGGGCGCCCCCGAGGCGCUAGGAACUUCAUCGGCGGCGGCGAAAGCACCCAAGCAAGCACCCAAGACACCUCCACCCAGCGAGACCCCUCCGGCUUCGAGCUCAUGCUAUCUCAGGAAGGUGGCCGUGGCCGUGGACGUGGCCGAGGAUGUGGCAGAGGACGAAGCUCAUACGGCAUCGCCAGCGAGCAAUCCUGCUUCGCCGAGCAUAGGAAUAGCUUCAUAUACGGCCCAGCGCGAGGAUUCCUGGCCCGACCGCCUCAGGAAGCGUCAGGGAGCUCCAUAA